UCUCUCGCGCUCUCCGUGAGAUCGUGCGUUAGCUUUGCGGGCGAGGCGAGGUGAGGUGAGGUGAGUUGAGGUGAGGUGAGUCGAUCCCGAGGAGUUUGAGCGAGCGAUGGACGCUGUCGCGAGUCGCAGCUUGAAAGUUUUGUUCCACCGGUUCGGAGACGGAGCGGGUUCGUGCUGCUCGUCGCCGUUCGGAGGGAACGUCGCUGCCGGAGCAGACGUUCGCUUCCCGCGAGCCCAGAGGCUCGCUGACUUCGGACUCUUCCGUUUGACCUCAGCUCCGCACAAGCUCGUCGCUCCGGUUCCUUCUCUUUCUUCCAACAUCGAGCAUCCUCUACUGCAAGCAGACCUAGAGACAGCAGAAGAUGCGACUACAGAGACAUGUUCUUCGAGGAAAGUGCACAUCAGAUUUCAGCUACAGAGAGAGUGUCAAUUUGGAGAACAAUUUCUUGUAGUAGGGGAUGAUCCGGCCUUGGGGUCAUGGGACCCAUCAAGUGCAGUACCACUGGACUGGUCAGAUGGACACAUAUGGUCAGUAGAGCUGGACAUACCUAUUGGGAGAGAUACUCAAUUCAAGUUCAUAUUAAGACAAGGAGACGGAGAGAUACAGUGGCAGCCAGAUCCGGAUCGGAUUUUAAAAAUCUGGGAUACUGAUAAAACAAUCGCUAUCUAUGAAGAUUGGGAAAUUGCCGAAUUACAAAAGAUUACCGAGGAAGAAUUAUCGGACAGCCUUGCUGAGGUUGAGGAGCCUACUAAUGGUUCAGAAAGGUUGAUAGUAGUAGAGAACUCAAAUCCAUCGAGAGAAAAAGUGAUGCUAGAACCCAGCAAUCGAUCAGCUUUUGCUGGUAUAUGUGCUUCCCCCGAAGAGAAUCAUCUGGUGGAAGCACAUGAUGACUUAGUUUUUCCCGACACCGUUGCUCCGGUAGAAGAGAUGCCCGUGGCUCUUUAUGCAGAUAAUAUUCUCCAGAAGCAGGAGCAGUCUUCAAAAGAUGCAACUAACAAUGUGCACUGUGAAAAGAGAAUUGGUUACCAAAAUGAGGACCUGAUCACAUCGCACGAAGUUCUUGGAAACAAUGGCAGAGCUGGAGUCAAUAACUUGACAAGCAUGAAUUUCCAAAGUGACCUAGUUACAAUUGAUGAAGUUCCUGUACUGGUUCCUGGCUUGACUCCCUUAUCAAUGGUGCUAACAGAAGAGUCAAAUCGAUGUGAAGAAGGACGAAGAAGUGCAGGUGAUGCCUCUGGUGGGCCUGAUGAAGCUAUAAGUUCAAAAUUACCAGAGCAAGAGCCUCGAUGCAAUCCAUCCCAAGAAGAAACCGCGCUGAUUUUUGCCGAAGGACAGCUUGAUAAUCAACACAAACAGAUUAUUCACAUAGGCAACAGAGAAGGGAAGACCAGCCCUGGAAAUUUAGAUAAUGUAUUGAGGAAUGAUAUUCGAUGGGGCCAUAGGACAUUGCAGAAGUUUCUAGCAACUUUGGGGUUGCUAUAGUGGGCGGACUCGAAGAGUAUACCAGAAAUGUGUUGCUGUUCGCGGUGCAGAUGGACGAUGUAACUUCACAACGCAUGCUAUUGUUACCUGUCCUUUUGAGUGCGCUUAGGAUGUUUGUACUAUAGAUAGAGUAGCGUGCAUGUAUUUGUACAACUCUGUUGCAGCUAACUCCAUAAUCUAGAGGGUGCUACAAUCUUUGGCUAUAGUUUUAAUGUAGUGCCGCAGAUAAGAGAAUUAGUUGUCAUGCCUGUUGUAUUAUUAUGUGCAUAUGGAAGUAGCGAGCUCCAUCAUUUUGGCGUUAUGUCAAAA